AUGCAGGAAUGCCCAGACACGUGCACGACCCAGGCUGACACAAGCGGCCACCUCCUCCACACGGAGGACGUUGGGCUGCAGCCCAGCGACUACGGCAAGCCCCUGGAGGAUGAGGAGGCCAAGCGAAUUAUCUGCGAAGCCUGCCGACUUGACCCUGAGAUGGGGUGCUGCCACAACCACCCACACGAUGUUUCGCGCGGCCGCCAGCUGGGCCCGUCGCAUAUCCAGUACUACGCGGCCUCGAUGGCGUGCGGCUUGCAAGCCAUCCACGACGCCAAGUACUUGUACCGCGACCUCAAGCCGCAGAACGUGCUGCUCGACAUCGAGGGAAGGUGA